GAGCAGGAUGGAGACUGAUCUUGGGUCGGUGGUUCAGCAUAUCCGCGCUCUCGGCGUCUCCUCGGAUGGCGAGAGCACCAGGCGAGAGAGAGAGCAUCAAACGAUAGCUUCGUUCACAGCCGGGAUAACGCAUCCAUGCGGCAGCUGCAGGGGCAUUGCGAUUCUGGAUUCCGAUGCCAUCCCUUUCUUGCACAGUCCCGGAUGAAGUGCGGCUUUGCGAUAGCAGCUGCGAUGGAGGAACGAGGCUCUGGCCAGAGCACGGACAUGGAUCGAGAACGCAUUCUGGUCAUUGCGCCGACCGGUCCUGGUUCGUCCCGCAUCUGCCAGAUCCCUGACAGAUCCCUGAUCCCUGACAGAUCCCUGAUCCCAGACAGAUCGUCGCUUCCUCUGCCUGCGGCCCGCACAUCAUGCUCUCCAUUGCAUUUGCUCGAAGAUCUCUACAGUCGCUGACCGGCCGCAACGGUGCAGCUCGUCUGUUGUCAACAAGCCAAUCGUCGCUGGCGUCCUAUGGCUUCGUCACCUCGCCCAUCUAUUACGUGAAUGCAGAUCCCCACAUUGGCCAUCUCUACACCACCGUCCUUGCCGACACCAUCAAGCGGUACAGCGAGCUCAAAGGUGUCAGCACAAUCUACAGCACCGGCACAGACGAGCACGGACUCAAGAUCCAGCAAGCUGCGGCCAAGGCGGGCACCAGUCCGCAACAGUUCUGCGACCAAAUCUCCACCAGGUUCCAACGACUCUUUGACCGAUCAAGUGUCUCGUACACGGACUACAUCCGCACGACCGAGGAACGGCACGUCCGUGCUGUGCAGCAUCUCUGGACGGUGCUCUACGACAACGGAUACAUCUACAAAGGCCACCACGAAGGAUGGUACUGUGUCUCCGACGAAACAUUCUAUCCAGAGAAUCAAGUCGAGGAGGCCACUGACGCACACGGCAAGAAGAAGAUGAUCUCGAAAGAGAGCGGAAAGGAUGUCGAAUGGACCCGCGAGGAAAACUACAAGUUCAGGCUCAGCGAGUUCCGAGAGAAGCUGAUCGCAUGGAUGAAGCAGGAUCCGUCAGUCAUUGUCCCAUCGUCGCAGUAUAACAUCAUCAUGAGUAUCCUCGAAUCCAAAGACGGCCUACCUGACCUGAGUGUCUCAAGGCUGCGGAGCAAGCUGCAGUGGGGCAUCUCUGUCCCGAACGACCCCGACCAUGUUGUCUACGUCUGGCUGGAUGCUCUGACCAACUACCUCACUGUCGCGGGAUAUCCAUGGGCCUCAACGGCAAGCACGGAUGAUCGAAUGUGGCCCCCGACAGUCCACGUUGUCGGAAAGGACAUUAUCAAAUUCCACGCAAUCUACUGGCCAGCGUUCCUCAUGGCAGCAGACCUACCUCUGCCAAAGCGCAUUGUUUCGCAUGCCCACUGGAUUGUCGGCAGCCAAAAAAUGUCCAAGAGCCUCGGCAACGUCGUCGAUCCCGUGAAGAUGACGGAAAAAUACGGCGUCGACCCUACCCGAUUCUAUCUUAUGCAGAUCGGCAGCAUUGAAAACGACAGCGUGUUUGACGAAACCGCCCUCGAGGCGACCUACAACAGCCUCGCUAACGGGCUCGGCAACCUGAUGAUGAGAGCAAUGACCCCCAAAACGAACAUUUGGAUGGCAAUCCCCACCCGCGCAUCAGUCGAUGUCGACCCAGAUGCAUCGGAGCAGCAGCUUAUCGAUGCGAUCGAGGAGGCCAGGUUGAUCUUCAACAAGAGUAUGGAUGAUGUUGCUUUCCCCAAGGCCCUUGAUGCUGUCAACCAGUUGAUUGCGCAGGUCAAUCAUUUUUGGGACCGCAGCACUCCCUGGAAGGUUGCCAAGGCCAAGACGCCCGAGUCCGAGCAGCAUCUCCGGCACAUCCUCUACUAUACCUUUGAAGGGCUCCGCAACAUUGGCAUCAUGGUACAGCCAUUCAUGCCCACGAAAGGCUCGCAGAUUUUGGAUGCCCUCAAAGUCGAUGCAACCGAACGCGGAUGGGCGAACUGUGGCGUUGGUAAGCGAUGGAGAGAGUCGGGCCAUGACCAUCCGGCCGAGAUUCCAAUCGAACGGGCCUCACCGUUGUUCCCACGAGAGAAGUGACAAGUCAGACGAACGAAAGCCCAUUGGCGGGCCCAUGCGCUGUUGUCGCAGCGAUGACGUGCGCCGAUGACUCAAUACACCGAAAUCUCUGGCAACUGUCGUUGUGCCCCAUCUUGACCCCGGGUGCCGGCAAAUGGACACUCGCAGCCUGCAGCUGACUCCGAGCCGUACGGGCGGGGUGCUUCCCCUGCUCUACCGAAAGUCCAUCGUCGAAGACUCAAGUGUCUGGAGUGCCUUGACCGACAUGCACCAGGGCUUUCGAAUACGAG